GAAAGUGGAAACCACCGUCCAUCUCUCCCUUUCUUAUCUUCUCUCCCUGCUUCCCCAUGACCCGCAUAUCCUGAUGCUUGUAACCACCACUGCCCCUAUCACCUAGUUGUUGCCGAUCCCAGCGCCCAGAUGCAAAGGCCCCCGGCGCGGCUCUUACAGGCGGCCCGGCACGGUGCUAGCCUGCGCAGCUAGCGCGGCGUGCGGCGGCCAGCCAACCGACGGCCGUGGCAGCCUGCGGCUCGACUCGGCCAGCCGCCCCUAUUUUCCCUUGCGUGCGGCCAACUAGCACAGCGCGCGCGGCAGCCCAGCGUGGUUCGGCCAUGGCGGCAUGCGCGGCCCUCGGCGCCCAGUGCGAGUCCGGCAGCCGGCGGGUGAGCAGCCCCGUGACGAUCGUCCCUGGAAGUUCCCGGCGCCCGUUCCUAGCCUGUACGCGAUCGCCGAGAUCGCGAUUCGUUUUCGAGCUUUGAGGGAUCGAAGAUCAAGAGUUGGCGACCAAGUGAUCUGGUUCUUCGAGUUCUAUGAGGCUGAAGAUCCUGAGCAUCUGUUUGGUGAAGACAAGUGUUCUUUGACCCAUUAUGUCCCAUUUACUUUACAAUUCACUGUCCCGCAUACUAUGAACAACCUAAGGAUUGACUAGCUUUCUAUUUACCUGGUCCUUGAUUACCUUUUGGGCUACUAUGGUUAGAUUCAUGCUAUUGCUUUACUUUAA